UCGUCAGUUACCAACCGCCGAGGUCACCGGGAGGAGUGGACGAACAACCGGGCGCUGGAGCGGAGUCAGUGCGACAACCUGAAAAUCGGCUCCGGUGGAAUGACGGCGAGCGACAAGCCGCUGCCAAGUCAUGGGUAGAGCGCUGCCAAAAUGACACAUGAGACCCUGACAAGCUCCCAGUUGUCUCUCAAGGCUGCAGCUUUGCGAAUGGUUGACCUACCGCUGUCCGUCUACAGCUCCCUGACACAGGUGAGCACCAGCACCAAGAAACUGGUGGCCGCCACAACCUUCGGCACCCUCUCGCUCCUCUUCCUCGCUCGCCGCUUUCAAAGGAGGAAGGGCAGGAAGAAGGGCCAGUCACCUCAGUGGGAUCAGGUUGAGUUUGAGUUCCUCUCAUCGACGGGCGCAGAAAAUGAUAACACCAGCCAAAACAUCAGUGUCACCUUCAGCUCCAAGAAUAGCUGCUCUGCUGGAUCUGGGCUGGUUCUGACCACAAGAGAUUACAGAAAACUGUCCGGGUCUCUGAUGAGCCUUGCUUCGGUGAAAAGUGUGAACUCGUCCAGCAGCAGCACCUGUGCAAACGAAUCCAUUGGUUGGGACGGAGGGACAGACGCCGAUGUGUGCAGCGUCGUCAACCUGUCUAUCACCACACCUGAAAAUCUCUACCUGAUGGGCAUGGAUUUGUUUGAGGAGGCGCUGCAGCACUGGGAGGAAGCGCUGACGUUCAGGAGCAGACAGGGUGACGACGACGACGACGACGCGAGCUGCAAGUCUGUCAAAACGGGAGCCGGAGAUGCAAUCGCUGAGCAGAGCAUGGAGGACGUCAUCAGCGCGGAGUUCAUCCACAGGCUGAAGUCUCUGCUGCAGCGGGCUUACCGCCUGCAGGGGGAGUUUGAGGGCGUGCUCGGCUCGUCGGAGCCUUCGUCCUGCAGCAGCAGCAGCAGCCAGGAUCAAAUGGCGGACCUUGUGGCCAGAGAGGAGCUGGACGACGUCUGCCUCAGAGACAGCAUCAGCAUCGCUUCCAACGACUCCUUUGUGUCGGCAGCUGAGCUGUCGGAGCACAGAGAUCUGAGGAACACCUUUUCCCUCGGACAUCAUCCUUUUUACGAGGAGGCGCUGCAGAUGGCCGAGGAGGGCAAAAUCUCCUGCAGGGUGCUUCGAUCUGAGUUACUGGAAUGUCUGGGUGACUUGGAUUUCCUGGCGAAGCUGCACUGCGUACGGCAGGCAUGUGAGCUCAUUUUGAGUGACAGGGCUACCAGGAUGUUUCUGGCUGACACUGGAAAGAAAAUCUUGUCUUCCAUUAUAGUCAAAGCCCAGAAAAGUCCGAAGCGAUUUGAGGAAGUGUUUGAAGAGCUGAUUGUGUUCCUGGAGCAUUCGGAUCAUUGGGAAGACACGGAGCUGGAACUGGCUUCACGAGGGGUCAGGCAUCUGAACUUCUACGACGUUGUUCUGGACUUCAUCCUGAUGGAUUCCUUUGAGGACCUGGAAAAUCCUCCCAUCUCAAUCCAGAACGUGAUCAACAACCGCUGGCUCAACAGCUCCUUCAAAGAGACGGCGGUGGCGUCAAGCUGUUGGUCAGUACUGAAACAGAAGAGACAGCACAUGAAGGUGUCCGACGGCUUCAUCGCCCAUUUCUACGCCGUGUGUGAACAGAUCAGCCCCGUCCUGGCCUGGGGCUUCCUGGGGCCAAAGAGCUCCCUGCACGAGUUCUGCUGCUUCUUUAAGGAUCAGGUGCUUCACUUCCUGAAGGACGUCUUUGACCUGGAUAAAGUUCGUUACUCCUCGGUGGAGACGCUGGCGGAGGACAUGCUGCACCUCCUGCACCGCCGCUCCGACCUGCUGCUGGCUUACCUGGGAGCCGACGCCCUGCGGCCGCUCAGCAGCGGGCUGCAGGUGCAGCUGGUGCCCAGCGCCCUGCUGGAGGCACAAGUACAGUAAGCGGCUAAACGGCCAAUCCACCAGCCGUUGGACCAAAGAAAGUUCUUUUCUCUGACUUUUCCCAAACCAUGAGGGAUAAAACGGACCGUCUGAGAUCAUAGUGUUUGCUUUGUGGAUCGGUCUGCCUUCGUCGUUGUCUGAUGUGGCCUCCUCCAUGCUCACUGUGCCAUAUCACUUUUAGCUGGCGGUGCACCGAUCGCAGUUUUCUGCCUGAAGAUUCCGAUUGGGGGUCGAUACCGACUGUCUUCGGUGCUAAAUUUUCCUCCUCCACCUUUGUAAAAUUAAACACAAUUGGUGUCAAAUGUUUGUGCUGCGUUUGUGCGGCUAUUAUUCUAAAGACGUUAAAGUUUCCAGAGAUUAUCGAAGGUCAAUCAGCCACUUCACAUUUACACAAUCAAACCGAAUGUGGUGGCAAUCAACUAAGCUUUUUUUUAUUUUGAUUUGUGCUGCUAUUAUUUUGAAGAUGUCAGUAAAUGUUGCCAGAGAUUAUGAAAGGUCAACCAGCCUGUCCAGCUUUAUGAAAUGUUUUAAAUCAACUGUGCUCUUUUUGCAUUAUAUUUUUUUUAUUUCAGCAUUAAAGAAAGUUUCCAACUUCUUUUUCUGUAGAACUUUAUUUUUCCUCAUUUUGUUUAAUAUGCAACACGUCAAACUAUAUAUGUGAAGUAAAACAUAAAAGAAAGUUUCCAAAAGCCACCAGAGAUUUAAGAAAAUUUCUGUAAAUUAACAUUACUGUGUAAAAUUUAUUAGCACAAUUAACGAACAAAAAAUGUUUGAUUUUAUAAAUGUGGACUGGCUGGUUGACCUUUGACCUCUGUAAACAUUGAUGUCUUUAAAGUGUUAGUGGCACAAAUGAAAACUGUUGCAGCCGAUCACUGAUCUCCCAAAAUCUAGGAAUUCAGUCGGAUUUAUCGGUGCACCGCUGCUCUCAGCAAUAAUGUGUCGUUUUAACCUGAGGAUCAGUGUUGCGCUUUGUAAAAUGAAGUUGUAUUUAUUGCGGUUUACUUGACACUAGAGAAAUAAGUAGCCAUAUUUAUUUCAGUAGAAAGCCAAAAAUGUUUGUUUUGUAGGUGUUGCGGUCGUCUGUAAGAGCUUCAAACAUAUUGUAGGCGUCAUCACAUUUAUUUAACUCCAACAAUGCAAUAAUAUCAGACGAGCGUCUUGGCAAGGAACCGUUUCCUUCCCACGCAGAAACUCAAACCUUGGUGUGUUAACUUGAAGCUGUGAGCUUUUAAGCAACUUGUGCCAGAACCUUUUUAAUACAAGCACAAGAAGCCUUAACAUAAAAGCAAUUAAUCAUCCAUCACUGUCGGCUUAAAUGCAUUUUCAAAGUGGCGUUCAGAGGGAAGUUUCACCGCAACACAUGGAAAUGGAUUCACAGUUGUUGCAAAUCGUUAUUUUGGGAAAUGAAAUGUUAUUCUAACAAGUAUGACUUUAAGCAUCCCACACCUCAUGUAUGUAGAGUAAUUUAUGCCAAAAUUAUUCAUAAUAAUGUGAAGGAAUUUCUAGUAAAUAUGUGUAAAAAAGUCUUAAGCUUUCAAUGUGUGCUUGAUUUUGACACAAUCUUUACCACUUAGGGUGUUAAUAAUUCAUAAGUCCAGAGAUUUCCCAAUAUGGCGGCACUUUGUCUUCCCUUAAUCACUGCAAAAAUAAAAUCAAAAAGUAUUUUUGGUCUAAUUUAGGAGUCUGCAACCUAUAAGCCAUAUUUACCUCCAGUGUGGCAAAUUAGGACGUAAAUAUAACUGUUUUUAAAUUAUUUACUUUGGGAAAUUUGUAAUUUUAAAGAUCCACAUCUGAUUUUUGGUUUCAGAAUACAGUUACGUAAGAUUGACAUCUUUCUUCCUGUGGAAAUUAAUAAAAUAGAAUAAUUAAGCUCAUAAAAAUAGAUCAACUCUAUUUUACAAAGUUAAAUAGAAGUUAAAAUAUCACUGGCAUUUCUUGUCAUGAAAAACUGCUAAAACCAGCAUUGAUGUUAGUAUUUAGAAACAUUAAUUGAUUAUCAUUUUUAGCCAGAUUUAAGAGCCAUUGUGGAUCAUCCAAAGAGCCAUUUGUGGCUCUGGAACCGCGGGUUGCAAACCCCUGGUCUAGUUUCUGGAGUAAAUAUCUUCGUACGCAUGAAAUGAGACAAAAUUAACUUACAGCUAACUAAUAAAUCAGAGCUUAUUUAAAAUCAAUAAUUACUGAUGAAAACGUUCCAGUUCCACUGGCAGAUCGAUCGACUUACAGCAAAAUAAUCUGCCAGUGGACCUGGUGCUUUUCAAAUCAUUAAGGAAUUAUUCAUUUAAAACGGGCAGUUUUGUUAUAAAGCUACUUCUAAGUCGUCUCAUUUCAGUUGUAUUAAGAUAUUUGUAUUACAAACUGGACAAAAAUACUUUACAGUUUUGCAGUGCAAAGACAAAACGUGAGUUUAAAACUGAUAGAAAGCCCACAAAAGGUGCGUUGUGGAUCGAUUUUAAAGCAUGAAUGUACAAAGUUUAUUAAAAUUCUCUGAAGUAAUCAAGAAUUUGCAAAAAAAAGAACAAAAACAUUUAAAGACUUUUUGCACAUUUAAACAGGUUUGAGACCAUUAAGAACUGGAUUGACUUAAAGCAUUGCAAAGGAUUUGAGCUUCAUGGUUUAUUUCUGGAGUUUGCAGGAAUUUGAUCUAGAAGUCACAAUAUUUCCUGUUUUUGUCCAAAUCCCCUCAAUAGAAACGUAUUAAUGGGGUGUUCACUGAUUAAGGUUAGAUUUGUGGAUAAACUGUAUUUUGUGUAAAAUGAAGUGAAUAAAGACUUUAAAAAAAAUAAGUGAUUUUCUGUUAUUCAAAUUCCCAUUUAAAAAAAAAUAAAACUCAAGCAUUUAAAUCC